AUGGGCACCUUUACGGACAAGAGGGGACUCGAAAAUAACUGUCUUGAGGUCACUUUCAUUGCCAUCUUCGCCCAUUUGAUAAUUUGGGCAACGUUGGUCUUGUUUUCGGAAUUUGUUCGCAGAAGAAGAGUUAUUCCUACCGCAGGUCCUUUGACUAGCACUGGCGUGCCUUCCGUUGAACGUGUCGACCUACCAACUGCGGAUCAAAUGGACAAUCGUUAUAGGAAAGUGGCCGAUGCCGCGCGAGAUUCAUUGUUGAUGCUCCUGAUUGCGACUUUCGCCACUCAAGUAGGGUACGGUGCCACCGCGGCUUCGGCGAUCCUAUCGUGGAUCUUCUUUGGACUAUCCGUUUGUUGGGUUUUAUCCAUCUUAUUCUUAGAUCACAUUUGGAUCCCGUUGAUCCUUCAGGCCGUAUCAUUCCCCUUCAUCUUGGCAAUCUUUGCCCUAGCGUUUCGAAACGCCGAUGCAGUUGGGAAUCCCCGAGUACUCAUUCGUCAAGCUCAUGGUAUUACACUUGCCGGCCGAAAUGGUUUCUGGUUUCAAUGA